UUGUAAAUUGGUACCAUAUGUGAUAUAAUUCUUACUGCUGACAGGAGAACUUGAUGCAUGUGUGUGUUUGCAAGAGUUUGUACACUACGUGUUGUUUUUUAUUUUCACUUUGUUACACAGUUGUAAAAAAUACGGAAAAUAUCAGCGAAAAUUCACGUAUCUUAGGUUUGAAUUUUAGAUUUAGUUACCGUUUAAAUUAACGUUAAUUUAUUAAUUCUAAACCCAUUAUAAUAGAGCACUUGUUUUGUGGUAAGUUUCCAAUAAUAUCGUUGUUAUGUAUACAUGUACCGUAUUAUAAUUAUGGGUAAAUCUUGAAUUGUCUUCUUUCUAUCAUAAAAAAUGGGCUGUAAGAUUUUGAAAAUGUAUCUAAAUAUCGCGAAAACAAUAAAAGGCGGUUUGUUGAAAAAAAAUUCUUUUAGGGUUUAUUUUCAAAGUGUGGGUGAUUGUUAUAGAUAAAAGCAUCAGGUUCAAAAGAAUUAAGAUAUAAUGAGUUCAUGUUUAGCCUGUCUAUAUACAAUGUAGAUAAUGAUCUUCGCAAAACUCCUCGUCUAAGUCUCUCAACAUUAACCUGUUGGAAUGUCAUUUAUUUCUCUCUAGUUGAAAAAGUACUCUUCCUAAUAAAUGUACUCGCUAAAUAAUAUGCAUUCCAGAGUUGAGCAGGCUUAGCGACUAAUGUUGAACAUAAAAAACAACUUUAAAAACUUUGAGUCUGACACUUUUUGAUAAACUAAUGGUUUCGUACUGGAUUUGCAUAAUUUUUACCGUGAAAAAGACAGUAAACAUAAAACGGAUUAUGACAUUUCUUUUCUUUCUGGCAUUCAGAAAUUUAACACGUGCUGAGGACUACAAACUGUGACAUUAGGAGAAAACGGAGGCUUAAGUUGAUUAUGGAGGUUAAGGAUAUUUUAUAUAAUGCAUAGUGGACAAUUAUUUCACAGUAUUGUAUCAAUCUGAGAUGUAUUAGAAUAAAAUCAGUACUCAUGCACGUACGGACUCCAAAAGAGGCGGUUUUAAAUAACUAACAGGAAAACAUGUCGGCAGUAAACAUUACAUCAAACAUGACGUCAAAUGUUAAUUCAACUGAUGACGUCAUGGCGUACAACGGACCACUCGUUGACGAAGCAAGACGUGAGCUAAUGGAGAUUUAUAUGUACCCAUUCGUACUUGUUAUCUUCUUUAUGAUAGUAGGAUUCAUAGGAAAUACAAUUGUAAUAUAUAUUUUCACAGCUAAAUGGAAAUUAACGAAAACAACAAUGUUUAUCCUAACGCUAGCAGGAGUUGAUCUUAUGUCAUGUGUUAUCAACAUGCCAACAGAGGCGGCCAUAUUGUGGAACCCUAUGAAUUUUGAUUAUGCCGUAAUUUGUAAAAUCUCGCGAUUCACAACAUUCAUAGCAUCUGCUUCUUCGUCGUUUGUCUUAAUUGCUAUUUCAAUUGACAGAUAUUUAAUGGUUUGUCGGCCAUUCCUUGGAAGGGAAUUAGGUGUGCGGUAUGCAAAGCGGACAUGUCUAAUAGCCGUUCUCCUAGGUAUCAUUUCAACAUGGCCGUCACUUAUAUUCUACGGAACCUAUACAUACCAAGUAGAGAAAACAGACAUUGAGACUGGAAAAGUGAUGAAAAUUGAAAGCAAAACUUGUCUGAUAUCAAAUUUCUAUGUCGAGCAUUACAAAUUACCCGCAGGAUUUUAUUUCUUCUUGUUCGGUGGACACAUUAUUAUGUUCGUAAUUUUGACCAUGGUUUAUUUACUUAUUGGACGCAGUUUAUUUAUGUCAACAAGCACGUAUGUAUCUAAUGAAAAAAGACACAGUCUGAAAUACUUUGGUAUAAGCAUGAUGUCUGCAUUUACUGGCACCGUGCCAAAUAGUCCGGCUGAUAACCGUGAUCGAAUGAGCUGGGGUAGCAGAAGUUCGCGCGCGGUUUCGCUUGAAAAUAUAAACCGCAUAGACCAAAGUCCCGCCAACAACCUUGCAAGGCAACAGGUAAGAAAAACUAAUGAAACCACUGUAAGCAUUGUUUUAAACGACAUUGAAAACGAAAAUAAAGAACAAUCAUAUUCACAAAAGGAAGAUAUAGACACAAAUAUUGAGAAAAGAUCUCAAGAUAACAUGAUGAAAGAUAACAUUUGCAAUACAAACAGUAGUUCUCUACACUUAGAUAACAUUUGUAGUGUUUCGAAUCACGAAUGCGAUGACCGACUAGAUAUAUCACGUAACAAUCUUUGUGUUCAACACGCGACAUCAGAUGAUAGCGCAAGUGACACGUCAUUUAAUUCGCCUGAGAAGAAACCCGACACUAAACUUUUAUAUCUAAACAUUGGUAAAAGAGAUAAAAAUAGAACGAAAAAUGGUCGCUUAUCAUCUGGAUCAACAACUAGCACAAACUGCUUAACUCCAGUGACCCCAGUGUCACCAGUCACUCCAGAUAGUGUAAGGGGGAUUCUUUAUCGGAGCCAAAGCAUCGAAAGUAGGGCAAGAAUGAACCGCAUUAUCUCGGAUGAACUUAGACAUACGGAAGUAAAAGAGUUCAGUCUGCGUAGGAAUACAUUAAUCAUGCGAAUGGUUACAAUAGCUUUUGUUGUGAGUUUUCUCCCUUACCUAGUGAUUGUCAUUAUAAGGUACUCCAAUCCUGAUAUACCAACAAAAUUAAGUAAAGUCGAACAAAUACUCUAUCAUGUCUUUUUGAGGACAUAUUUCGUAAAUUCAAUGAUAAAUCCUUUUAUCUAUGGGUUUAUGAACAUAGAAUUUCGGUCGAAAUUAAAAGAAAUGUUUUGCAAUUUCUGUACAAGACAUAAUAUACAUAUGUGAUACACAAACUGCACACAAAGUAAUUGUUCGGAUUGUAAGCAGUUCAUAUGUCUUCAUUUGAAACGUCUGUAAAUAGAUAUAAAGUGCAUUUUCCAUGUAUUAAAACGAUGCUAUCACUUAUGUCGUAAAAAGAUAUUUAGAAACUAUAGCUCCAUGCUUUGUAUUUUGUUGUCAUGUUAAACAUCAAUGAAAACUGAAAACACUAAUUUUAUUCAAAAUUGCAAGCAUUUAUAUCUUUCAUUUACAGUUUCAGACUAUGGAAAUAGAAAUUGUUAUAUUUAAAUUCCA